UGCACUAUAAAUUACGGAUUAACGAGAAUGAGCAAAAAUUGUAGAGUAUAAUUUUCUGCCGAAACGACAUAGUUUCGCUACACACAAAACCUUUUAUCAUUGUCUCGUUAUAUAAAAGAGCUUUCGUAGCCACUCUGUUUCUUCUUUCCGCUCACCCCUUAUCGCUGCGGUUUCGUCAAAAAUUCUAAAGGUAAGGCGACUAAAGUGGUUUCAAGAUGAAUCAUUGCAACCUUAUUCAGCAGAACGCUUUCGAAUCCAGAGGAUUUGCUGUUCCUCCUGUCUCCUCUUCUCUUGUAUGUCCUAAGCCUCGUCGCGUUGGCGUUCUCUCCAGUAACGUUAUACGUCCGUUUAGAUUAUUACAUUCUUCUAGUCAAUCAGGAGCAGCUGAUGUAUGUGAUUCUAAAGCUGGGGCUGAUCUUUUAGACAUCAUUCGUAGAAAGGAAGAAACGUUAUCUGGUGUAGCUUCAUCACCUCCAUUUUUCCUCGGGUCUCCCCCGUGCAGAGCUUCAAACCCUUUAGCUCAAGAUGCACGAUUUGGAGAUAACAAACUCAACCCCAUCUCACCAUUACUCUCAUCUCCAUGUCGUGUCAAAGGAGGAGGUUGUAGUCGAGUGAAGUUGGGGAUUAAACCUGCAGCUGUUAGAGUAGAAGGAUUCGAUUGCUUAAACCAAGGCUCAAGCAUACCUGCCAUGGCUUAGAAUAAGAAAGAACUAAGGAACAGAGAGUGUUCAUAAAAUCUAGAAUCAGUAGAUUCCAUGCUUUUUUGAAGCAGAUGUUUAUAUCUUUGCAUAUCAAGAGGAGUUAAAAGAUCAGUCAACAACACCAGUUAAGGCCUACCUGGAGUCGUUGUAACAUAAUAAACCAAUUUGGAGUAUUUGCUCUUUUUAUUCCUUUUUGUUGUCCGUGUACAAAUCAAAGUUCUCUUUUGUAUAGUAACGUUUCUUCUUUCAGGAGAUUCUCAAUCUUUCUACAAAUGUAAUUUUGAAAUUCUCCAUAUAUAUAUGAAUGCUAUGUAUUGCAACA